GGCGCUGUACGUUGUCAGAUGACGCGUUUUGUCAAAAGAACGACGGACGGAUAGAGAGGCUGAAAGAUUGGUGAAAAGUGAGAUCGGUGCAGGGGAGGGGCAGGAGUACCCUUGUAGCUCCUCCACACAGACGAAAAGCAAACACACCUGAUCUAAAAACGACCUAAAUCCAAAAAAAAAAAAAAAAAAAAUCGCGACCGCACCGAUAUCGAAUCGGGGGAUUAUUCGAUUCCGGUUGAUCCGACUCUACUCGGGUGGAUUCGAUUCGGUUAGUCGCGCCGCGUCGCCAGCGCAGAGGCCGUCAAAACAACCAAAUCGCCAUUAUAUGACCCACUUCCCGGCAUCGCUGCUGCCCUCCAUGUGGGUGAGGGACCUGUGCGUGUCGGGCUAUGGCGAGAAAAACAGUUAGCAGGAAAAGAAAAGCAGGGGAGCCCAAGGAACAACAGUUUGAGUGGUGUCAGUCUGCAUUUAAGCGUGCCCGUGUGUCCAGCUCGGCGCGUCAUGCCCAGCACUGGUGGCAGGGCCGGCGGUCGGUGGUGUGCUCUGUGAGAGGGAGGGAGUUUCGCCCGCAGCAGCAGCAUGAGUGGAGCUUCCAGCGGAGUCUACGCGGAUUUGCUGCCGGACGCAUUCCCGCCAUCCUCAGAGAGAGAGAAUUCUCCCUCGGACGCCUCAACAAGGUGUUCGCUUCCCAGUGGCUCAACCACAGACAGGUGGUGUGCGGGACCAAAUGCAACACGCUGUUCGUGGCAGACGUCUUCUCGGGACAGAUAACCAGGAUCCCCAUGCUGAAAGACAGAGAGGGCAGGGGAGAGGUCUCGCAGGGUUUGGGUGGAGUGGGAAACCAUUUCCACAGUCCCGGAUCAGUCGGUGGUUUGGAUGCCCAGCAGGGAUGUGGCAUCCAUGCCAUAGAAUUGAACCCCUCUCGUACCCUGAUGGCCACUGGCGGAGACAACCCCAACAGCCUGGCAGUGUACAGACUACCCACACUUGACCCUGUCUGCGUUGGAGACGAUGGGCACAAUGACUGGAUAUUCUCCAUUGCGUGGAUCAGUGAUACCAUGGCUGUCUCAGGAUCUCGUGACGGCUCCAUGGGUCUAUGGGAGAUAUCAGAGGAUGUGCUGACUCAGGCAGACAAGCAACAGAACGAGGAGGGUGUUCCCUGUUACUCACACAUCUCUCACCGCGCUCUCAAGGAUAUCCCCAAGGAGUACACCCACCCCUACAACUGCAAAGUGCGCGCACUGGCCUUCAACAACAGCCAUAAGGAGCUGGGUGCUGUUUCUUUAGAUGGAUAUUUCCAUCUAUGGAAGGCAGAAGACAACUUGUGUAAGGAGCUUUCAACCAAACUCCCUUACUGUAAGGAAAAUGUGUGUCUGGCUUACGGGCUGGACUGGUCUGUUUACGCAGUGGGCUCUCAGGCACACGUUUCCUUCCUAGACCCCCGGCAAUCGUCUCAAAACAUCAAAUCCGUGAGCUCCAGGGAGCGUGGCAGUGGUAUCCGCUCUGUGAGUUUCUAUGAGCACAUAGUGACAGUAGGCACUGGCCAAGGCUCCCUGCUCUUCUAUGAUAUCAGGGCCCAGCGUUUUCUGGAUGGCAUAGGGGGAGGUGGGCACUGGAAUCGCAGUCCAGAGGGCAUUCUGAAACUUACCACAGGCACAGGAUGGCUGAACCACGAUGAAACAUGGAGAAGCUACUUUUCCGACGUCAGCUCCUUCCCGAACGCUGUGUACACACACUGCUACGAUGACUCCGGCACCAAACUCUUCGUGGCUGGUGGCCCUCUGUGUUCUGGUCUACACGGAAAUUAUGCUGGCCUCUGGAGCUAGCCUCCAUUGUGCCUCCAUUUCUCUCCCUCGCACCAUCUACUAACAGGCCAUCUUCCAUCCUCUCCACACUCCUAAGAGUGCUCUCUCACUUCCUGUUCAAACUCGGUUCAAGACAUCUUCUAUUUUUCAAAGGACUCAGGAGAACAGAUGUGAUUCUCUAUACUUUUUGUGUGUUCUUGUGUGUCUCAAUGUUCAUUAACCUGUUGUACUCUUGAAUCCAGAAAAUCCAGGAAAAAGAGAGAUGUGACUGACAGUGAGGCCUGACCUCCUGAAGGAGUUCAUUCACUCUUGAAUGGAUGAAGGUGUUCGGAGAACUGUGAAAUAGUGUAAAAAUAUAUUAAAAUAUUUAACAGUCUGUCUGGGCAGUGGGUUUAUGCUUUUUGUUUCAUAUAAAAGGGUUAGUUCAUCCAAAAAUGAAAAUUCUAUCAUAAUUUACUCAACCUUUAUGUUGUUCCAAACCUGAAUGACUUGCUUUCUUCCCUGGAACACAAAAGGAGAUGUUAAGCAGAGUGUUUACAAUGAAAGUGAAUGAUGGCUAAAGCUAACAUGCAGAAUAACAUCUAAGAUCUCUGAUUGUGUUUCUUGGAACAACAUGAGGGUUAGUAAAUGAUGACUGAAUUUUUAUUUUUUGGUGAACUAUCCCUUUAAGCCUUUUCUUUUUUUCUUUUUAAAGAAUGCCGUGUCAGAAACAUGGCGUGUUUAGUUUGUUUUUGGUGUUUAUUUCUCGAAGACCAGGCGAAAAGCCCCCCUUCUUGCCUUGUGUGGACUAAUAUGGCAUUGCGGAUGCUUAAAGGCUGAGAAGAGGGAUUUGGAGAUGAUUCUUGGUGAAACGAACAGACAGCUUGACUUUUAGCCUCACUGUGUAUUAGUGGACACUGAUGGUCUUAGGUCAAGACUGCAGAUAUAUGAAGAAUAUCGAGAAUCAAAUGUGGACAUGAGUCGGACAACAGUCAAUGAAGACUUGCCAGUUGUUUUUCAUUUUCCCUUUAUAUAUUCCAAAAUAAUGGCAGUGAGAGACAACCGUAGGGAAUCACAGAGACUGUGAUAUGUUUGAGAUGUCUUGAAGAGUGCCCCUUUUAUUGCUGAUUCUGCUAACACACACACACAUCGGGAUUGCAAUUUUUUCCUCUAUGACAUUUGACAUUAUUUAUUUUGUAUUGUUGCUGUCACUAGCACUCAUGAAGUUCAGGUACAAUCAUAUUUGUUGUCUUCUCCUCUGCUUAAAGGCAGGGCUGUGUUGUGUGACAUCGUUGCCUUUCCAGAGUCUUUCUGUGAAAGACUGUUACAGAUCGAAUUUGUUUUGACUUUUUGUUUUUUACAUGAAAUGCUUCAUGAAAUCAUCACGAAGUUGCUAGAACAAUGGACAUCGGAACGGGAUAUAUUAAGCAGAAAUUAACCAUCACUUUUAAAAUGUAUUUUAUAUAUACAUGUAUAUGUAUACAUAUUUGGAAUCUAAUAGAGGGAGAAUACAGUUUAUAUAAAUGUCAGAGGAUAUAUGUGCGUGCGUGUGUGUGUGUGUGUGAACUAAUCUGUCAUUAUUUUGGUGGUACCCUUUUUUAUACUCACUUCACGAAUGUUUUUACAGAUUACAAGUGUAAAGAUAUUGUACAAUAUCAAAACAAGCAAAAGAAACAGCAACAAAAACAUGAUACAUUCUUCAAACGGAUAUUAAUAAAAAUGCAUUGAUGUAUUUUUCUUCCA